AUGUCGAUAGAUCCCAUCAUCACCUUCAAAGCGGGUAUCUGUGACCUCGAUACCUCUACUUCCUCCGUGAAACCCAAGCCCGAACCCGGCUAUGUCUACCUCUAUUCCGAAGAUGAUCUCGUCCACUUUUGCUGGCGCUCGCGCGGCACCUCUUUCGAGGAUGCCGAGCUCGACUUAGUGAUGAUUCCUUCUGAUGGAAGCUUUACUCCUUACAAGCCUGGUGGCAAGAACGCCACGAAUGGCCGUGUCUUUGUCUUGAAGUUCUCAUCUAGCUCCCAACGAUACCUCUUCUGGAUGCAAUCUCACACCCAACACGAGAACGGCGAUCUCAGCUGGUUCAGCCCCCGCGACUUGAAGCUCGGAGAAAUCGUGGAUGUCUUGUUGCAGGGCGAGGAAGUCGAUGUUGAGCACGAGAUUGCCAACUUGCCCCGUCGGUCAUCCGGCGGCGAUGACGACGAGACCAUGGAAGACGUGGAAGGCACAGGCCACGACGCAACCCGUCACCACAGUACCGGCAGCGGUGGUGCUGGCCCGGACGCUACAGGUGGUGAUGUCCGCGAGGAAGGACAGGAAUCCCGAGAGGGCGGUGCCGACGGUGGACGAGCAGCCAAUUCGGGCGAAGACCCCGCGUCGGUUGUCCAGGACUUUUUGAAGUCCCUGGGUGGCGGCCAACGCCAGAGCCAAUCCCAAGAUCCUGAACGACCAUCUACGACACUCCAAGACCUACUUACCCCUGCGACCACAUUGCAAUUUAUUGAUUCUGCGGAUUCCCCCACAGCCGAUCAUCUUUUGAGCUUCCUCCCACCCGCGCUGCUACUGCUGGCCCAGGGCAAUGCCGAGGCCUCCGAAGCUGACACAGACCCCGAACUUGCCGAAGCUGCGCUCCUCUCCCUCGACCUAUCACAGAAAAAGGAUAUUCUCCGAAAAGUGCUGCGUUCCCCCCAGUUCAUGCAAAGCUUGGCUAGUCUCACAGUGGCUCUCCGGGACGGCGGGCUUCCCAGUAUUAGUGAAGCCUUGCAGAUUCCGGUCGCUAAUGGUGGAUUUAUGCGGAGAGGUGGAGUCCCCCUUGGUGGUGGCGAUGCGGUAGAUGCGUUCCUGGAUGGUGUUCGGCAGCAUGUUACGGACAAUGAUACUCAGAUGGACAACUAG